AUGUCUUACGAAAUGUCCCACAUGGGCCCGAGGGCCUUCAACCACGACAACAGCAGCGACGCCGAAGCCGAGUACGAUCGACUCCGCGAUCUCGCGCGCCAGGAAGCCUCCAAGCGCGGACAAUGUUUCUCUCGGUCCAAGGAAGCAUACUCGAGCGGUGAUGGCGCCGGCGCGAAGCAGCUCUCUGAAGAGGGAAAGGCGCACGGUCGCAAGAUGGAGGAGUAUAACAAACAAGCGUCUGAGUUUAUCUUCCGGGAAAAUAACGCCAGUGGACGCGUUGCCGAUGAUACCAUUGAUCUGCAUGGUCAGUUUGUUGAGGAGGCGGAGGAGAUUCUGGAAGAGCGUAUCAAAUAUGCCAAGUCACAUGGGCAGAGUCAUCUUCAUGUCAUCGUCGGCAAGGGUAACCACUCCGCCCAACACGUCCAAAAGAUCAAGCCCCGUGUCGAGCAGGUCUGCCGUGAACUCGGUUUGCAAUAUGCCACUGAGGAUAAUGCUGGUCGUAUUUAUGUCAACUUGACUGGUGGAGAGGCAAUUAUGCCGCCUUAUGGUGGUCACCAGCAGGGACACCAGGGUUCGCACCAGUACCCUGGUCAGCAGGGUCACCAGCAACACCAGCAGCACCAGAACCAGAACCAGCCUGACGAGCUUGAGAAGUUGGCUAAUGCGAUCUUGCCCAAGGUUCUGCGGAAGCUGGAGAAGGCUUGCUGUGUUGUUAUGUGA